GGUUGCUCUGUGUGUGCGCGCGCGCGUGUAUGUGUGCGUGCGCGCGCGUAUGAGCGUGGCUUCGCCUCUCUCCGCUUUCUCCACCUGCAGUUUGUGCGCGAGACACUCCGCGCACAGAGGAGCGUGGCAGAGGAGCUUUACGGCGCGAGCGAGCGAAAAACGGAGCGCGAGAGAAGCGCAGAGCGAGAGAGGAGAAAGAGACGCAGAGACGGAGAGAGGAAGAGAGGAGGGACGGAUAGAGGAGCGGAGAGGAGAGGAGCACGCUCCCGGAGGAGAGAAGCUUUCAAAACCUGAGUGAGCCGCGCGCAGGGUGUGUGUAGUUUGAUUACUGGAGAGGAUGAGCUCGAGCUUUUUCCUCCGCUUCUUCGGCUCCAUCCUGCUGGGGACAUAUGUGGAGCUGCAGGUGAAAGCGGACUGUAAGCCUGGAUUUUCUCAGAGUUUAUACACCCUGCGCCUUUCAGUGGACCUGCUGCAGGACCACACCGGCGGUUGGCUUAAAGACACUCUGCUGUCGUCAGGGGAAGUUCGUUUUGAUGACUGUGUGAGUAAUGAUGGUUGGAGGAUGGUCAGCAGCGAUCCUCGGUUCAGAGUGGAAUCGGACGGCUCUGUUUAUACACAGACAGACGUUCUAGUCGGUCUGACUGAUCUGGUCGAAUUUACAGUGACCGCACAAACCAACACCUACAUCUGGGAGACGACCGUCCAGCUGGAGUUACAGGAACCGGAGGAAAUGACAGGUAAUUACACGAGAAAGGAAGUCGAGGACUCUGGGUCACUUCCUGUGGUCGUCAGGUUUCCAUGGCAACCAUACCUCAGUGCCAGUGGACUUCAGAGGCAGAAGAGAGACUGGGUCAUCCCCCCAAUAAACGUCCCGGAAAACUCACGAGGACCUUUCCCCCAGAUGCUCGUCAGCAUCCGCUCGGAUAAGGAUCGCUCCAUCAACAUCAGGUACAGCAUCACCGGCGUUGGAGCAGACCAGCCACCCAACGAAGUGUUCAGCAUUGACCCAGAGAAAGGCAAGAUGUAUGUCACGAAACCUCUGGACCGAGAGGAGCGUUCUUCAUACCAUCUGCGUGCUCACGCUGUGGAUAUGAACGGCAAUCAGGUGGAGCAGCCAGUGGAUCUCUACAUCUUUGUCAUUGACAUGAACGACAACAGGCCCGAGUUUAAGAACCAGGUUUACAAUGGUUCUGUCAUGGAGGGAUCCAAACCAGGUACCACAGUGAUGACUGUAACGGCUCAUGAUGCUGAUGACAUCACCACCUCUAAUGGUAUGGUGUAUUACCGGAUCCUUCAGCAGACCCCCCACAGCCCCAUACCAAACAUGUUUACCAUCAACAGAGAGACCGGAGACAUCGUUACCGUGGCAGCCGGACUGGACAGAGAGAGAGUCUCUCAGUAUACGGUGAUUGUGGAGGCCACAGAUAUGGAGGGGAACCUGAACUUUGGUCUGUCCAGCACAGCCACAGCCAUCAUCUCCAUCACAGACGUUAACGACAAUCCACCUGAAUUCACUCAGAGCACGUUUUCGGGAGAGGUGCUGGAGAACAGUGUAAACGUAGUGGUUGCUAAUCUGACAGUGAUGGAUAAGGACGAGCCUCGGACACCAAACUGGAAUGCUGUUUACCGAAUAGUGAGUGGAGACAAUGGCCGACACUUCACCAUCCGGACUAAUCCAGAAACUAAUGACGGCAUGGUCACUGUGGUCAAGCCAGUAGAUUUUGAGAUGAAUCGAGCCUUCAUGCUGACAGUGGUGGUGUCCAAUCAGGCUCCGUUGGCUGAGGGGGUCCAAGCGUCUCUUCAGUACACUGCCGGUGUCACCAUCUCAGUGAAAGACAUUAACGAGGCACCUGUUUUCCCCGAUAACCCAAAAAUGGUGCGGUUUGAAGAAGGUGUUCCAGCCGGGACCAUCAUCACCACAUUCGCAGCCAAAGACCCUGAUACCUUCAUGCAGCAGAGCAUACGGUAUGCUAAGCUAGCUGACCCUGCUAACUGGCUUUCCAUCAACUCUUCUAAUGGCCAAAUCACCACCACUGCUGUUCUGGACCGCGAGUCUAUUUACGUUAAGAAGAACAUCUAUGAAGCCACAUUUCUGGCCGCAGACAACGGCUCUCCUCCAGCCAGCAGUACGGGUACACUGCAGAUUUAUCUGAUCGAUGUGAAUGAUAAUGCUCCAUCUUUAGUGCCACGUGAGGCUCAGAUUUGUGAGAGAGCAAACGCUAACUCCAUCAACAUCACUGCAGCAGACGCUGACACUGACCCAAACGUUGGCCCCUUCGUCUUUGAGCUGCCCAUGCACCCCUCCGCCAUCCGCAGGAACUGGACAGUGUCCCGUCUUAAUGGAGACUAUGCCCGGCUGAGUCUGAGGAUCCAGUUCCUGGAGUCAGGGGUGUAUGAGGUACCCAUUUCUGUGUCAGACUCAGGGAACCCUCCUCUGUCCAACCGCUCCAUCAUUAAGGUGAAGGUCUGUCCGUGUGAUGAACAUGGAGACUGCACUGCUGUUGGCGCUGUGGCAGCUGCUGGACUGGGAACUGGAGCCAUUAUAGCCAUCCUCAUCUGUAUCAUUAUACUGCUCAGCAUGGUUCUGCUGUUUGUGGUGUGGAUGAAGAGGAGAGAGAAAGAGAGACAGACCAAACAGCUGCUAAUCGAUCCUGAAGAUGAUGUCAGAGACAACAUCCUGAAAUACGACGAGGAGGGAGGAGGAGAGGAGGACCAGGACUAUGAUCUGAGUCAGCUGCAGCAGCCUGACUCUUUGGAGCACAUCAUGACCAAGCCCCCGGGGGUCCGGCGAGUGGACGAGAGGCCAGUGGUCCCGGAGUCCCAGUACCCACUCCGGCCAGUGGUACCCCAUCCUGGGGACAUCGGAGACUUCAUCAAUGAGGGACUUCGGGCGGCAGAUAAUGACCCGACAGCGCCUCCUUAUGACUCUCUACUGGUGUUCGAUUACGAAGGCAGCGGAUCCACGGCCGGAUCGGUCAGCUCUCUCAACUCGUCCAGCAGCGGAGAGCAGGACUACGACUACCUCAACGACUGGGGUCCGCGCUUCAAGAAACUCGCCGACAUGUACGGGGGUGGCAACGAUGACUAGAACCUUUAAAACUCGAUCUGAAAUACACAAUCCACACCAAGUACACCACCAACAACUACAACAACCAAUCGCCUGCCCAGCUCCAGAGAGAGAGAGACCUGUACAGAGAGACAGCUUUGUAGACCUUCCUCUCCCUCUGACUGUCUUCAAACAGAAUGCUUUUUCCUUUGAUUAUACGUUUUUAUCACUUUCUUGAGUUCCUUUUGUUUUUUUUUUUUCUUGUAUUGUUUUAUAGUUAAGUUUAUGUUCACUCUUUGUACUCCUCGUUAUUUUCUUGAAAGGAAUCCUUUUGUUUUUUUGGUUUGGUUUUUUGGUUGAGGUAACCGAGUCUGCAGGGCGAAAGCUUUCUGCUAGCAUGGAGAGAGAGAGCGAUUUAGCCGCUAAUGGCAGUCUCCCCUUCAACCCCAGUUCAACACGUAAGCUGCUGCAGACGGCAAAAGUUGUGCCGCAGUUUACUUGAUGUUAUAAAGUGGAAAAAAUGAAGAAGAGAGAAAAAAAGGUAGGCAUUCUACUCUAAAAACGAGUCCGAAGAAGCCAUUAUUUUUCUUUCUCAGAACUUGAAUUAUUUGAGAGAAGAGAAGCUCUGUCAUCGUCGUCGCUGUCGUCGUUGUUAUUGUUGUUUAAGAAGUGCCUUUAGUGGUGCGUAGUUUUUGGAUUUUUCACAAACUCAGGAUUGGUCUUCUGCCCAGACCUUCCCCUGACAUCAAUGCUCACAAAUAGACUAGACUAUGUUCUUUGAAAAGGAGGAGUGGAGAUGUAAUACGUUGCUAUUCUUGUAGAUUGCACGGUGUCUUGCUAGUGUUUAAGAAACCACUUCCAGAGGUUGGGGUAGGAAGGCUACUGUAUCAGGCACUAAACAAAAUUUGGUCAAAAUCAAGAGCUAGCAGAGUGUACUCCAACCAGACUGAUGAACCAGAUUUAGCAUGAAAUCAGAAGAUCUGUUGCUAACAUGUUAUUCGAAUCGAUUUGCAAAUCUACUUUUGUUUUGUAAUUGUAAUUUUGGUAACACUUUGCUGUAGGGCAGUGUUCAUAAGGCUACAUGACUUCUACAGAAGCCCUUCAUGAUGACUGACAUAGAUAAUUUUGUUAUUUACAUUUAUAAACACUUAUUCCAAUAGGUGUCUUUUGUCCUAAAGUUUAAAGCCUCUGGAAAGGCUGACUACUUCAGCCUCCACUCUUGGAGUUUGUCUGUGGGAAUUGGUGUUCAUUCAGUCAAAAAAGCACAUGACAAGAGGGCCUUGGUCACAAUUGAUGUUCCAGUUCAUCCUAAAGUUGUUCAGUGGGGUCGAGGUUACGGCUCUGUGCAGGCCACUGGAGUUCCUCCACACAAAGCUGGAAGAUUAUAAUUGUGUACAAUGUCUUUGUGUGCUGUAGCAUUUAACAUCAUCCUUCACUGUAGCUAAGGGACCCAAAACCCUGAAAAAUAGCCCCAGCCCAUUAUCCCUCCUCCACCAAAAUUUACUGUUGGCAUUAUACAUUCCAAUAGGUAACGUUCUCCUGGCAUCCAUUAAAAUGCAGAUUCAUCAAUCACAUUGCCAGAUAGAGAAGCAUUAUUCAUCACUCUAGAGAACACAUUUACCCUGCUCAAGAGUCCAGUGGCAUGUGCUUUACAUCACUCUAGCGGAUGCUUGGUAUUGCGAAUAAUGAUCUCAGGCCUAGGGUGCAGCUGCUCAGCCAUGGAAACUCAUUUCAUGAAGCUCCCAAUGCACAGUUCUUGAGCUGAUGUUGCUUCCAGAGGCAGUUUGGAACUCGGCAGUGAGUGAUGCAACAUUGCAUAGGUGAUUUUUUACACAUUAUGCACUUCAGCUUGGCAGCUUUGAGCUUGAGUUUGCAUGGUCUACAGCUUCAGGACUGAGCUGUUGUUGCUCCUGGAUGCUUCAAUUUCACAAUAAUAGCACUUGCGGUUGGCCGAGGCAGAUCCAGCAGGGAGGACAUUUCAAAAACUGACAUGUGGCAAAGGUGGCAUUCUAUGACAGAGCCACGUUUAAAGUUACUGAGCUCAUCAGUAUGACCCAUUCAGCGUUUGUCUAUGGAAACUGCAUAAAUAUGAGCUUGAUUUUAGACAUGUUAGCAAUGGGUGUGGCUGAAACACCCAAAUUCGUCAAUUAGGAGGCAUGUCCACAUUCAAAAGUCAGUUGUUAUUAUGUGCUAUACUCUUCACCCAAGAAGAAAUGACACAUUUGUGAUUGACCCUGACAUCACAGCUUUUAUGAUAGUAGUCACCUUUGGGAAUAAGCUUUUAUAAAUGUUUAUAUAUGUUUAAGUUGUCCUGAUGGGUUUAUGUAGCUUUAUGAACACUACCCUACAGUAAAGUGCUGCUGAAUUUCUUUUUUUUUUUUCAUUUUUGUUGAUAUUUGCUUGAUUUCAAACAGACAGACAAAGUAGAGAGACAGCUGGUGAGAACAUUUAUGACCUGUUGAACCACAAUCUAGGAAAGAACUGAAUGUUGGUUAGAUGUUUGAUUAGUUCCUGAUGCUGAAUUUCCAGCUUUUGAAGAAGGUGCAAGCCUUGUCCACCCUUAUUCCUCAGUGGUUCUUGCUUUGCCUCAAUUGGUAUAGAACCCUUACAAUAUGUGGGGGUUCUUUAAACUUUAGAAAUGUUCCUCACACUCUAUUUAAUUUACAAAAAAGGUUUCUGUAUUGGACUCAAAAUGGUUCUUCUCUGGUGUUGCUCCAAAGAACCCUUUCUGGCACUUAUUUUCAUGCCUGAAUCGUUUGAGCACUUCCUUUUUACGUUUUUUAGGGGAGACAACUGUAAAGAAAAUGAAAGUUCUGUACAGAAGACACAUUAUAAUGAGGAAAUUCUGAAUACAUGUAGGUUCCCUAAAAAUACCUUCAUCAAGCACAAGACCUUUAAAUGAGUGAUGCCGUGAUGGAAAAUUUCUCAAAUUGUCCCCUCAACUUGAGUAAUAGUAUGCAAGUAUGUAGGUUGUGAAAGUGAAAGAAAACAUGCAUGUUGAAGGGUUAGAUGUUUAACUGCUUCAAAACUGCUAGUGUUAUUUCAACAGGAACACUAAUGAAAGCAUUCCCAGAGCGUGGGGUUCUUUUUCCUGAAAUGUAACUGCAUUUAUUGGAGAAAACAUCUUGGACUAAUAGAAAUUAGCAGUAGCAUUGCCAAAUGAGGCCAGACUCCAUUACUUUCAGCAAAUUAUGCAACGUACACCCUACAGCUGCUUCUUAUCUGUUUUUCUUUUUCAUGUUUUUUGCCACCACAGCAUGCGAUUAAUUAUUCAAACAACUUAAUUUCACAGCAGCAAAACAUGUUUUCAGAUAUACAAGAAAGCAAAAGUUCCACUACACCUGAACUGGCGUAGAACAAAAAGAAAACAAAGUGAUGUAACUCCUGGAGUCCUGUAGUGUAAGGUGUGCAGCAACUGCGAGAGCCAGAGAUAUAUAGUAUAUGAGAUGUUUUGCCAGUUGCAAUGCAUUAUGGGGCAGUUUGUUCCUGGAUGGUAAACUAAGAAAACAGUUCAUACUGAAAUUCACUAGUCUUGAAGAAUCCUGAUGAAAUAUACUGUAAUUAUACUAUAUUACAUUCUCACUGUUGGGCUGAACGAUUUGGGAAAAUAUCUAAUUGCAAUUUGUCUGACCAAUAUUUGCAAAUUACUGUACAUGGGAUUAUUUUAAGCUUCAGGCCUUUUUUGUGCUCAAGAAGAGCAGCAGUUCCACUUUUUCAGGCAUUAGGCUCCACUGAUGACUCUCACUGGUCUUCGAUAUCAGGUUAAAUUUCCCCGCAUAAAAUUGACAAUGUCCAACAAUAGAGGACAUAAUUAAAAUUCUCAAAUUGCAAUUUUGAUUUAAAAGAGAUCAAUCGCUCAGCCCUUCCUCACUGUUAUAUAAAAACCUCUGAACUCUGAAACACCCUUUCUAAGCUUUAGCUGCUCUAAAUGUUGACCACACAUUUUGUGAUGAAUAGAUCAACAAAAACAGCCACAAAGUUGGUAAAAUGUUAUCACAUCUCCUGUAAAUUUCAUAUUUAUUUUCAGAGAAAUGAGGCUCUGUUAUGACAGUGAUAAUAAACUGUAUAAGUAUACUACAAAACUAAUAUCCUACAACAAGUAUAUAUAAUAUACUUUACUAUAGAUCUUUUAAAAUUUGGUCCUUCAAUCCAAUUUCCAAUCUUGGAUUUUGACACAAAGUGGUCAGUUAUAAUCAACAGUUCACCUCUAGUUUUUAUGAAAUCCAGGACCAGGAACUCAAUUCAAGGUCUGGAUUUGAAAAUCCCUGCCUUAAUAUGUUGAGAUGCACUGAUAUGGGAAUUCUGGAGUGUUACUGAUCUAAUAUUUUCCAUGCACAUAUCUGUAUAUACCCCAAGAACCAGACAAGCCUGUAAAGUGUUACCAUAACCUUUUCUAUUUUUGUUGAGAAUGGCUUGAUUUCAGACAGUGAAACUGGAGAAAAGGCUGGAGAGAUCAUUUCUGAUCUGCUGGAACAUAGAAGUUUGAACAUGUUCUAGGAAAGAAUUGAAUGUUGGUCAGAUUUUUGAUUAGGCUUCCGUUUCCUGAGGCUGAAUAUCCAGCUCUUGUAGAGGACGCCAGCUUUGUCUGCCCUUAAAUAUAAAGGAUCUUCAAUGAUUUUACAAAUUUCCUGCACAUUUUGUUUACAUAUCAAAUUAAACACAACAGCAGCACUGAGAAAUUCAGAAAUUCACACUAUUAAAUGCAGCAAAAUGAAUAAAAUAUGCAGUAGUCCAGAGUCACUUAAAUGUUCCACUCUUCUGGAGUACAAGAAAUGUCAUCAACAUAACAGUCAAAUGUGGAAGGUGGUCCAACAAUUAUCUGCCAAUACUGAUACAAUUCUGAUAUCAUUGUGCAUCUCUUUAAUAAUGGCCUCACUAUAUUAUAUAGUAUGAACAAAUGCUGUAUAAAUUGUUGCAUCUUUAUAAGAUAACUGUUAUGUCAUGCUAAAGCAGCUUUUGGGUUGCUUUAGAAAGAACUGAUGUUUCUCCUGCAAGCAUGUUGAGGCUGUGAUUGCCUAGUGCCUCUACGGCAUGCAGCAGCAAAGCUUAUCAUUCAGGAAUAAUUCAGAGUGGUUUGGUGCAAAAUGCCUUAGUCUGGACAAAGUCAGAAUUGUUUACAGUGGUGGUGAUAGGAACCAGAUAUCCACCUCUAAAAGCUCCCUCACUGAAAGUUAUUACAUG